GACACUUAAACAUAACCUUAACGAAUUGUUUGUUGCGGUGAAAUGAUAUUGUAAUAACAAAACGGCAAACCUUAAACAGCCGAUACAAUGGAUAGAGACAUAGAACAAUUAAAUUCUGCCCUAAAUUCGGUAAAGGUCCUCAGAUCGAACGUACGACGUGUCUUUGACUCGGUCAGCAACGGCUUGAGAGCCGAUCAUGGGGAAGAAGGUAAAGAGAAUAAAUACAUUAUUGAGCUACAGGAACUGGUGACCACAGUCAACAGCAACUUAAGGGAUGUUGAGAGCUCAGUUGCCAAUCUUACAACACCACCAGGAGCUUUUAGCUUGGGUAAUACAACCCAUUUAAGUCAAGAAACUACGUUAGAAAGGCAAGCUUUGUAUGGACAACUGGUGAAUAGUUACAAAUGGACAGAUAAGAUCAGAGAAUACAGUGCUUUGGCUGGUAACAUUUUGGCAGCUAAUUCAUUCAACAAAACAUACAAAACAUUCAGUACAACAAAAAGGAGGAAAACUCAAACCAGCAACCACAAUGUUUCACCUGAGGUAAUCGAGAAUAUUAUAACAAACUUGGACAGAUUAUUUCCAGAUAUAACACUCACAACAAGCAGACCUUUUGUAGCAAACCCUUUAAUACAAGCAUCUUUGGGCAGAGUUCUCAAAGGUCAUAUAGCUUUUAAAGGAUUGAUGAUUGAAUGGGUGGUUGUGAAAGCACAUGGUGAAUCGAAUGAUAUUUGGGUAGAGUCUAGAUAUAAGGUGUUCAGGAAGGUGACUGAAAAUUGUCAUGCAGCUAUGUGCCAUUUUCAUUCACCCAUGAUGCCGGAACUGGCUGUUAGGUCUUUCAUGCAUUGGUUCCAUAGUUAUCACACAUUGUUCAGUGUUCCUUGUAAAAGAUGUGGCAAUCAUUUGCAUAACAAUUUGCCACCAACCUGGAGAGAUUUAAGGACGUUGGAACCUUAUCAUGAAGAGUGCAAAUGAAAAUAAUAAUUUGGUAUUAAGUUAAUUGUUAGGAUUAGGCAUUUCAUAUCUAAUAAAUGUUUUGUAAU